AUGAAAACCCGAGUCAACACCAUCUGUCCCGGUAUCUUCCCUUCUAAGAUGACAGGUGUCACAGUUGGUAAACACAGCUACAACAUCAAUCACCAUGCUGAAAAGGCAGCUCUAGGAUGUAAGGCCGGCAGACCUGGUCGACCGGAAGAGAUGGUCGGACCUGUCUUGCUGCUCUCCAGUCCCGCUGGGGGUUAUAUGAACCAUGCGCUGCUGACCGUAGAUGGAGGAAGAUUGAUGGGUGCUAAUAUCAAUGAUGGAAUCAGGAUGCCAGAGAAAUCUUACACGUGA